UUAUGAUUUACAGCAAGCAAUAUCUAAACGCGUUAUGUAUUGUCAGACAACAUCGAUGUCGCUGCAUGUUUUAUUAUUAUUUUAUUGUUGAUAUAGCGAAACGUCUUAAACAGUCACAAGCACAGUUUUGCUUCAAAAGCAAUUAAAUACUCCCACCAAUUAUCCAAUCUAAAAUGCUAGAAGUUACUUGCAACGAUCGUCUUGGGAAGAAGGUGAGGGUGAAAUGCAACCCCGACGACACCGUGGGCGACCUCAAGAAGCUGAUUGCAGCGCAGACCGGCACGCGAUACGACAAGAUAGUACUGAAGAAAUGGUACACCGUGUUUAAAGACCACAUCAAACUAUCGGAUUAUGAAAUCCACGACGGAAUGAACCUGGAGCUCUACUACCAAUAAAUUCUUAAUAAAAUAAAAUAAAUAAUAAAAAUUAUUUAUUCUCAGACAAUUAAUCAACAUUACUUUUAAGUUAACUUUAAAUGUAUCGAUAAUCUAUGUUCUUUAUAAUUGUAGAAUUAUUUUAUAUAUAAAUUAAUUGAAGAA